AUGGCUGUCGUGGCGAGCUUGCUGAAGAAGACCACUGCCCUUGUGGGAUUGGCUGUAUGUGAGAGUCCACACGAGAGGCUAAAAAUAUUGUAUGCAAAGAUUCUUGAUGUUCUUGGACAAAUCCCUAAAAAUGCAGCAUACAGAAAGUAUACAGAACAGAUUACAACUGAGAAGUUGAGUAUGGUUAAAGCAGAACCAGAUGUUAAAAAAUUAGAAGAGCAACUUCACGGAGGCCAAGUAGAAGAGGUGAUUCUUCAGGCUGAAAAUGAACUAAGUCUGGCAAGAAAAAUGGUGCAGUGGAAACCAUGGGAGGCUUUAGUGGAAGAGCCUCUUGCCAACCAAUGGAAAUGGCCAAUAUAAACAUCAUUAAAUGACUUGUGCGUUUAUGGGAAACUGAUGUAAUUAAAUAUUCUGUUAUGUUAAAAAUAUUUCCAUAUUAUUGACAUCUUAUAAUCAAGAAAACUGAUAAAGAACAUAUAUAGGAGACUUGAUAAAAUCGCUGAUUAUGUAAUAGGGACUUGUGAAUUGGUUUUUGAU